AUGAGCGGGAAUACCUUUGGAAGCACUACAGAAGAAGAAGAAGAAGAACACCCGAUCGCGUGCACAGAAGAAGCAGCGUCCACAACACCGUUAGUCUGCAAACCUCCCGAGUUGGACGCGAAAUACGUCUCAGAAUCCACGGAAAAAACGUUACUUCGAGCGGAUUAUAAAUUCACCACAACAAAAGGCACGUUUACGGUCCGAGCGUAUCGAGCGCUCGCGCCCAACGCGUUCGACCGGUUUCGAGGUUUAGUCAACGAACACUUUUACCGGAAGAGUUUAGUGUAUAGGAGUUUAACUGGGUACGGGGUACAGUUUGGGAUCGCGGCGGAACCGAGUUUGGCGCGAGUGUACGAUCCGGAUCGAAACGAGACGAGCGGGUGCGUCCUCGCGGACGAGUCGGAGAAGACGUUGGAAACGACGACGAGUAAUAAGAGAGGAUGGGUCGCGUUUGGGACGAGUUUAGGACAUAGCAGCAGUAGUAAUAAUACUAGUAGUGGUGAUGAAAUGUACCACGAUAGAACGUCGGAAAUUUUCGUCAACAUGAGAGACAACAGCGAAGACUUGGAUAAAAAGUGCGUGCCGUUCGCGGAAGUCACGGAAGGGAUGGAUAUCGUGGAGAAGUUGUAUUCCGGGUACGGAGAGAUGAAAGACGCGACCAUGUGCAACGAGACGCAAAGUCUAGGAUUUAGGUGCGACGGGCCGCGACGAGGCGAGUUAUAUACUCAGGGGUACGCGUCUGUAAAGGAAAACUACCCGAACUUGGACGCGAUUUUAUACGCCGAGGAAAUCGCGGUGCAAGAGAAAGGGUCGUUGAUCGACGCCAGAGACGGAGGAGGCGGGUUUUUCUAUUUCAUUCUCUCGUGCACCGUGUUAGGUUUUUUGGCGUGCUUCUUUCGCAUGCACGUGGUCAAUCGCCGAAGGAAAAUUGUCGCCCGAAGAGCAAGCAAAUACACGGCGUACGUCUCCUCCGAGCAAGACGAUUUGAGUCAGUUGCAUCAAACGUUGAGAGAACAGUUCGCGGCGGCGAACGAAGGCGUCAGCGUAGACAUAAAAGUAGAAAGUGAAAAGUUGAAAUCGCGAGUGAUUGAACAAAUGAACGAGAGACGACAGGCGAGAGGCGCGGCGGCAAAUCCGUUCGUGAGCAGCGGCAGUUUAGAGCUCGAAGACGGAGCGGAAGAGAGAGUUUACCUCGACGACGACGAGGAUCGCGAUCGCGAUAGCAACAACAAUAACAACGACGACAUGAUGAACACCAUUAGAUUUUAA